AACCCGCCUUCGGGGAGGUGAACCAGCUCGGGGUUUUCGUCAACGGGAGGCCCCUGCCCAACGCCAUCCGGCUACGGAUUGUGGAACUGGCACAGCUGGGGAUCAGGCCGUGCGACAUCAGCCGCCAGCUCCGUGUUUCCCACGGCUGUGUCAGCAAAAUCCUGGCUCGCUACAACGAGACCGGCUCCAUCCUACCGGGGGCUAUCGGAGGCAGCAAGCCGCGGGUCACCACCCCCACGGUGGUUAAACAUAUCCGGACCUACAAACAAAGGGAUCCGGGCAUCUUCGCCUGGGAGAUCCGGGAUCGCCUGCUGGCCGACGGCGUGUGCGACAAGUACAAUGUGCCGUCGGUCAGCUCCAUCAGCCGCAUCCUCCGCAAUAAGAUCGGGAACCUGUCCCAGCAGGGCCACUACGAAUCCUACAAGCAGCACCAGCCACCCCCGCAGCCCGCCCUGCCCUACAACCACAUCUACUCCUACCCCAGCCCCAUCGCUGCCGCGGGAGCAAAGGUGCCCACGCCGCCAGGAGUGCCUGCCAUCCCUGGCACCAUGGCCAUGCCCCGCACCUGGCCCUCAUCCCACUCGGUGACGGACAUCCUGGGCAUCCGCUCCAUCACGGACCAAGGUGAGGAGGGGGCCUGAGGGUCGUGAGCUCCGUGAUGCCCCAACUCGAGUCAAGCACUGAGCUUCCGUGGGAUGUGCCCUGUGAUUCGGGUACAGUCAAGGCCCAGGGGUGCUGCGGGCGUGACGGUAAACAUCGACCGUCCCCGGUGACACCGGGGUCGAGCUGUAUCAAAUGCGACUGCAGGGAGCGGCCUGGGCUGCGCUCGGUGCCGUUGCCAGUGGGGCUGGGGCGUUCGCUGCCUCCGUCGGGCCGUAGGCGCCACCUCGGCGUUACCGAGCAGUCCAUUCUCUCUGCUUUUCGCAAUCAGGCCAAAUACUCUCAGUCAGGAAGUUCAAAUGUCACCUAAUUGCCUUAAUUCUGAUGCUGUAUUUUCCUUCGAAGCGGUGGUCCGGGAAAGCGAAACCCCGAAGGUUUGCUCCCUGUAUCCCUUCCACCUUCUUUCUGUUUCUCUGUCGGGGAACCGCGCCGCGUUACCCGGCCGCUCACUGAGCUUUGCCGCCGAGAAAGGGACAUUUUUUCCAUGUCGGUUGGUGCCAGGCGGCGGCUGUA